ACUCCACCGUAACGUGAAUUUCGCCUUAUUUGGUGUUUAAUACCAUAAGAAGGCCAGAAGAGUUCUCUCUGGCUUCAGAGUUGAAAAAUGCUGCGUCUUUCGUUUUUUCUUCUUUUAUUAUUUACUUCUGAAAUUAUAAGUUUUGACUUGUACAUAGAAGAGUCGCCUGAUUCUGAUGACUUCGGAGAUCUCUUGGAAGAGUUUCAGACUAGCUUUAAAGAUAGAGCAAGGCGGAGUGUGAGUGAAGAAGAUGAUGUGCAGGCCAUUUCAUCAGAUGCAGUCUUGUUGCACAGCUAUAAAGUUGAAUCCACCAUCACAUCACAUUUUGCCAAUACCAUGAUCCGAAGCAAAGUGGUGAACAAUGACAAAACCACACGGAGCCUUGCGUUUGACAUCCAGAUUCCCAAAGGUGCUUUCAUCAAUAACUUCACCAUGAAUGUCAAUGGAAUCGUAUUUAGUGGAUCAAUAAGGGAGAAGACAGAAGCAAGAAGUUUGUAUUCCAGAGCUAGAGCAAGAAACAAAGCAGCCGGAUUAAUGAGGACCAAUUCUCUUGAUAUGGAAAAAUUCAAAGCAGAGUUGACUGUACCCAGUGGAACUAAGGUGGAAUUUGAAAUUCAUUACCAAGAAACCAUUCGUCGGAAUUUGGGAGUUUAUCAGCAUGUUGUCUAUCUUCAGCCAGGCAGACUGGCAAAACAUUUUGAGGUGGACAUCUACAUCACGGAGCCUCAGGGUAUCAGCUCUGUAAAUGUGCCUGUAACAGUUUCGCCGAAUUAUGCGCCGCUCGUAAAGACAACCAAAGGAGAGAAAAAGGCUCAUAUUUCCUUUAAACCAUCUGUGGAUGAGCAGCGAGAAUAUCCUGGAUCUUCCGCUACAGCAGUGGAUGGCAAACUCGUUGUACGAUAUGAUGUUAAGCGGGAGCAGAGCAGCCAGCUACAGGUGUUCAAUGGAUAUUUUCUCCAUUUCUUUGCACCAGAAAACUUGCCUCCUCUUCCAAAGAAUAUUUUAUUUGUCAUUGAUGUCAGUGGUUCCAUGUGGGGUCUGAAAAUGAAACAGACAGUUGAGGCUAUGAAAACUAUUUUGGAAGACCUCAGGCCUGAUGACCAAUUCAGCAUUAUCGAUUUCAACCACAAUAUUCGAUGCUGGAAAGAGGAACUUGUUUAUGCCUCUGAUCUUGAAAAAGAGGAUGCCAAGCAAUAUGUACAGAGAAUACAGCCAAAUGGAGGAACUAACAUCAAUGAAGCACUUCUCCGAGCUAUAUUUAUACUGAAAGAAGCCAGCGACCUCGGCAUGUUGGAGGCAAACUCUGUUUCUUUAAUUGUCUUGGUGUCCGAUGGAGAUCCCACAGUGGGUGAAUUGAAGUUGUCUAAAAUUCAGAAGAAUGUUAAGACACAUAACCGAGAUGAUUUCUCGCUGCACUCCCUUGGCAUUGGGUUUGAUGUGGACUAUGAUUUCUUAGAACGACUUGCCCAAGAGAACAAUGGCAUGGCUCAGAGGAUUUAUGGAAACCAGGACACUGCUUCCCAAAUGAAGGAAUUUUACCAAAAGGUUUCCACUCCUCUGCUUAAAAACAUUAUAUUCAACUAUCCACUGGAUGGAAUUUCAGAUUUGACCCAGAACUCAUUUCACCAUUAUUUUGGAGGUGAUGAGCUUGUUGUGGCUGGUAAACUCAAACCUGAAAGCAUUUCACCACUGCAAAGUAUGAUUACGGCGAGCACUGCAAAUGCAGAGUUACUUUUAGAUGUUACAUCACAAGCAGAAGCUCUUAACGAGCUCUUUGAACAGAGUAAACAUGCCUUCCCCGAUUUUGCCAAGCAAUACUGGGCCCAACUUACUAUUAACCAGCUUUUAGCAGAGAGGAAUUUAGCUACGACAGCUGAAGCCAAACGGAACAUUACCAAGUCAAUCCUGCAGCUGUCUAUUGAACACCAUUUUGUCACACCAUUCACCUCUCUGCUGAUAGAGAGUGAGGAUGGAAGUGAAAGGAUGUUGGCUGAUGCUCCCAAAGACCCCAAAGGAGGCUGCUGUCAAACACUGAUCGUGGGUAAAAAGCAUAUUCAAACUCAACCUCAAAGUAAACCAUUAAUUCUGCCAACAUCAUCACCUACUUCUGAAGUGAAAGGGUCAGUGACAGAUAUAAUGAUUAUCACCACACCACCAAACAAUGAAGACCAUGCUAUCCGUCUGCAUCAGAAUCUACGCUAUACCCCUUUUAAGCCACCUAUAGUAGUUGAUGAUGACCCACAUUUCAUCAUAAAUUUACCAAUGAGCGAUCUUGACGUCUGUUUUAAUAUUGAUACUCAGCCUGGGAAUAUUUUGAACCUAUUUUCCGAUCCUGAAUUAGGAAUUGGAGUUAAUGGAAAAAUAGUAUCUGCAAAGAAAGAAAAGAAUAGCAAACUAAACACCUAUUUUGGUACCAUCGGCAUGUAUUUCAAGCAACACAACAUGAAGAUUGAAAUCAGCACAGAGAAAAUAACUGUGAAAGAUGAAUCUUACACCCACACAAUGCCCUGGUCUGAAUCCUGCAGCAUGAUGAUCAGUAGCCUUACUUUGACUGUGAAGAGGAAUAGCAAUUUCACAAUUACAGUGAAUGAGAAUCUGUCAUUCCUGAUUAUUCUUCACCGUGUCUGGAAGAAUCAUCCAAUUAAUGUAGAUUUCCUUGGACUUUAUGCUCCUUUUGAUAACAAGUUCUCCUCUUCAGUCCAUGGCUUAAUAGGCCAGUUUAUGCAUGAGCCAAUAGCAACUGUCCAUGAUAUAAGGUCUGGGCAGGAUCCACAAAAGCCCAUUGCUACAAUGAAUGUUAAAGGAGAGACACUUACUGUGACAAGAGGGGUGCAGAAGGAGUAUCAGACAAAUGGUGGGGAAGCAAAUGAUGUCCCCUGUUGGUUUGUGCACAAUAACGGAAAGGGUUUCAUUGAUGGACAUUACAAGGACUACAUUGUAUCCAGUCUGUACGGCUUUCUCAAACGCCCUUGAAAAGCAUUACCCACAGCCAGAUCUUUUAUCAAAUGGAAGGAGGAUAACAAAUCAUCUAUUUUAUUGUAGUACAUUAUUUUGAAAGAGCAAAUAUUUUCCAGUAUUGUAGGAAUCCUUGUUAGGGAAGCGUGUUACUCAUUAACCAGGAAAUAUUCCAAAGUGGAGCAUCCAUAUUUCAAAUUGAAAUGACAAAUCACUUUUGGCUUUCAUGUCUAAGUGGAAUUUACAACCAAACAAGGGUCUGGGAACAAGUGGUUUAUCAAAGCCAAUUUACUGUAUACACCUGUAAUCAAUAUUAAUAAACUUACAAUGUUUACCAUUAUAAUAA